AUGUUGCUGCUCCGAUCUCUGUGGGGGUUGGCAUCGACCGCAGGGCUACCGUCGAUGUCAAACUGCCGCCACAGCAACCCCACCCAUCAUCGCAUCAAGAGAAGAUCCAUCAUGGGCGGCGUUGAUGUUGAUUCCGAUCUCUAUCUCCUCCCAAUCGCCGUCAACUUCUCCGAUCUACCCGACGAGUGCCUGGCCCGCAUAUUCAAGUCUAUGGGUUCCUCCCUCGAUCUUGAAACCUGCUCUCUUGUCUGCCGCCGUUGGCUCCGUGUCGAGAAUCAGAACAGACACUGCCUUUUCCUCGAGGUUGAAGGGCCUGAACGCCCCAAACCCGAUCUCAUCCCCUUAAUCCCUUCUCUCUUUACUCGCUACGAUGCCCUCACCACACUUGCUCUCAAAUGCAGUAUCCCAUACGGACCAGUCCUCAUCGGCAACGACGCUCUUAUCCUCAUCUCUCUCCACUGCCGUAACCUCACUCGCCUCAAACUCCUUGCUUGUGACGAAUUAAUCGAUGAAGCCAUGACCGCUUUCGCCCUAAACUGUAAGGGUUUAAAGGAACUCAAUUGUGAUUACUGCAAUUUUGGUGCCAAGGGCAUAAACGCUUUCCUCGAUCACUCCUCCUCCCUGGAAAAUCUCUCCCUGAAACGUAUUAAAGGCCUUACUGACAGUUCCGCAGCCAUGCCUAUUGGACCAGGUGUAGCUGCCAAGUCCCUUAAGAAAAUAUGCAUCGAGAAGGUCCUUUGCCAGUGUUUUGGACCACUAAUUAUUGGUUCUAAGAAACUCAGAACCUUGGAGAUCUCCAAUUGCUACUCUAGGAAUCGUUGGGAUGAGCUCCUCAAAGCCAUAGUGGAAGAAGUCACUGGUGGUCUGGUUGAGAUCUAUAUGAAGUCAUUGGUGGUUACCGAUGUCGGUCUCUUUUCUAUCUCUAAUUGCUGCUCGAAUCUGGAGAUCUUGCACUUGGAUAAGAUGCUUGAGUUUACAAAUUGGGGGCUUGUGUCCAUCGCUAACCACUGCAGGCGCCUAAGGGAACUCCACAUCCGUGGAAGGAAGGUCAAUAUUAAUAUAGGUGACGAAGGCCUAAUUGCCAUUGCCAAAGGGUGCCCUAACCUUGAGGAGUUGGUUCUCUGUGGUAUCAAUUUUACUUAUUUGAGUUUGAGCCUGCUCGCUACCAAUUGCCAGAAUCUCGAGCGCUUAGCAGUGGGUUGGAGUAACACGUUUGGUGAUGCAGAGAUUUCAUGCAUAGCUGAUAAAUGCAUAGCAUUGAAGAAUCUUGAUAUCAAGGAGUGCCCUAUCACCACCAAUCAUGUAAUGGAAGCGCUUCCUGGUCGUUGCUCUAAUCUUGUCCAGGUGAAGAUUAGGAAUUGCAGUGGAAUGUCUUGUGAUGGUGUGGUUUCCAAGGUAUGCUGUGAUAAUUAA